AUGAAUAGUUUACUCGUAACCGUAAUGGCAGAAACAAAAAUGAAAACUAUGAUCAUCCUGCUAUCACUGAGUGUCGUGAUGGGUGUACCUCAAAAGCCAAAUUUGGAUGCGAUCCUAAAUCGUCGGACGGACGUCUACAUCGCCGGCUUCUUCCCCUUCGGGAAGGGAGUGGAAAACUCAAAUACUGGUCGAGGUGUGAUGCCGAGCGUCAAGCUGGCGCUGGACCACGUCAACGAACACGACUCCGUCUUAAGGAAUUACAGACUUCACAUGUGGUGGAAUGAUACUGAGUGCAAUGCAGCGGUUGGUGUGAAGUCAUUUUUCGACAUGAUGCACAGCGGUCCCCACAAGCUGAUGUUGUUCGGCGCAGCCUGCACGCACGUGACUGACCCAAUCGCUAAAGCAUCAAAACAUUGGCAUCUUACUCAGCUAUCAUACGCUGAUACUCAUCCAAUGUUUACAAAGGAGGCUUUUCCCAAUUUCUUUCGAAUCGUGCCCUCGGAAAAUGCAUUUAAUAUGCCUCGAAUUCGGCUCUUGGAACAUUUUAACUGGACAAGGGUUGGGACUAUCUACCAGAAUGAACCUAGAUAUGCUUUGGCCCACAAUCGUUUAUUAGCAGACCUAGACUCUGCAAACUUUUUAGUAGAUGAAUCUCAAAGCUUUGCAACUGAAGUGAAGACAGCACUAUCCAAACUGAAAGAGAAGGACGUUCGGAUAAUUCUUGGAAAUUUUAACGAAACUUGGGCCCUGAAUAUAUUCUGCGAAGCGUAUAAGUUAGAAAUGUAUGGACGUGCGUACACUUGGCUACUGCUAGGCACAUAUAGCAAUAAGUGGUGGACGCGGCGCGCGCCGUGCUCUCGGCGGGAGCUGAGCACUGCCUUGGACACCACCAUCCUCACUGAUCUGUUACCGUUGUCUACUACCGGAGAGACUACUGUCUCUGGCAUUACGGCUAAAGAUUACCAAGUGGAGUACGACCGAAGACGAGGCGUUGAGUAUUCCCGGUUCCACGGGUAUACUUAUGAUGGUAUUUGGGCAAUGGCACUAGCCAUUCAAACCGUAGCACAUCGAGUAAAGUUGAAAUACAAGGAAAAGACAGUACAAGAUUUCAGAUAUCGGGAUAAGGAAUGGGAGCAGCUAUUCCUAGAUGCAUUGAGCAACGUUACCUUUGAAGGAGUUACUGGUCCAGUGCGAUUUUAUGACAACGAGCGCAAAGCGUCAAUCCUGCUAAAGCAGUUUCAAGGGGAGAUGGUGGGGGAGGUGAAGGUGGGGGAGUACUGCGCGGAGAGAGACCGCCUGGAUCUCAACAGUGGGGAGCCCUUUAAGUGGAUUGGAAAGAACCCCCCAAAAGAUCGCACUCUGCGCCUGAUCGAGCACACUCAAGUGAACAUCACGAUCUACUCAGUGUUGGUGUCGUGUUCCGUGCUCGGUAUCCUGCUUGCCACCGGCUUCCUCGCUAUGAACAUACACUACAGGAAUCAGAGGUAUAUAAAAAUGUCAUCCCCACACCUUAACAACCUGAUCAUCGUGGGCUGCAUGCUCACGUAUCUCAGCGUCAUCUUCCUAGGACUGGACUCCAGCCUCAGCAGCAUCGCCGCGUUCCCGUACAUCUGUACCGCGAGAGCUUGGCUGCUGAUGGCAGGCUUCAGCUUGGCAUUUGGGGCAAUGUUCUCCAAGACAUGGCGGGUUCACUCCAUCUUCACUGAUGUUAAGCUAAAUAAAAAGGUCAUAAAAGACUAUCAGCUGUUUAUGGUAGUGGGUGUUCUGCUUUGCAUCGACUUCGCCAUAAUGACAACUUGGCAGAUUUCCGACCCAUUUUAUAGAGCAACUAAGCAGAUGGAAGCUUAUCCUCAUCCCACAAGUGAAGAUAUCGUAAUAGUACAAGAGAACGAGUACUGCCAAUCUGAGCGGAUGCCCAUAUUUAUUGGGGUUAUUUACGCUUACAAAGGACUUUUACUGGUCUUCGGUGCAUUUCUUGCGUGGGAAACUAGACAUGUAUCUAUUCCUGCAUUAAACGACUCCAAGCACAUCGGGCUGUCGGUCUACAACGUCCUCAUCAUGUGCAUUAUGGGUGCUCCAAUUGCUUUGGUGCUGGCUGAUCAUAAAGACGCCUUGUUCGUAUUGAUCGCAAUAUUCAUCAUUUUCUGUACGACUGCUACUUUGUGCCUAGUAUUUGUUCCUAAGCUAGUGGAACUCCGCCGCAACGGCACGGGCGGGCCGGGCGGCGCGCGCAUCCGCGCCACCCUGCGGCCGGCCGCGCCACACGAGUGCCGCUCGCCCGGCCCCGAGCUCGAGCGCCGCCUCAAGGAGCUGCGCCAGUACAACAACCGCUACCGGCGCACGCUGCAGGCGAAGGACAACGAGCUACAGAUGCUGUUAAGUAAACUAGGCAGUGACGUAAGUUCAGAAUCAUCAACACGGGAUUCCAAGUCUCCUGCAACUCAAAGAACUCGUUUACCAGUACCGAGGGAGAAUCUCAGUCAUCCUGAUUUGUACCCCGUUGCAGAGACGAGCGACAUCACGUCCGUGUGCAGCCUGAGCGCGUCCGCCGGCGCUGAGACCGAGUACAUCGGCAUGCAGGCGCAGGUCGACAAACCAAAACCUCCAGCACCUCCCGAAACAGUGAAAGAAGUACUAAAAGAACCUAAAAAAGAACAAACAAAGAACGUUUCCUUCAAGAACCACUUGGACUACACCAGUCCUCCAUCUUCCAAGGCCGUGCCUGAGAAAGACCAACUUGCGAAGUUACCGUAUGGGUGGUCGGCUGAGGAACCAUCAGAACCUCCAAAGCUUAAAUCGGAAGCAGCUAAAGCCGAAGCUAAAACGAUCCCGGUGCUGAAGUCGAGCGACACUGCCACGGCCAAAUCGGUGCCAGCACGCGUGCAAGAGCCCAUGUACACGAAGGCUGCCACACCUAAGGUUAAUAAGACACCAGAAAUGCAAAAGAAGAUAAGCAAGCAAGAGGCCAAGCCGGUGAAGACGGCACCGCGCGCGCACCGCCGCGUGUCCAGCGGCGCCGGCGCCUUGCUCGCGGACGUGAUGCACCUCGGCACGGACCAGCGCGAGCCGCCGCACGAGAGGACCGGCGGGGUUGGUCAAGAACGUGAUCCGACACCUCCCAAACCGAAACAAGAGCUUGAAGAUAUUUUAGACAUUGACCACGACUACUCUUCUACGGAAAGGAAGAAGACGUGUCAACGUAAAGAUUCGGAGAGAAGGAAAAAGGAAAACUUCAUAGUAGUGCAAAGUGAUUUGUGGGAUACAAACACAUUCCAGUACACUUGCCAGAAAUCACCACCGAGUAGUCACGCUCAUUCUCCGAUGCAGCGAAGUGUUUCAGAGAAGAGUCGACAGCAGCAACAGUCGCCUCACCAUCAUAGGGAAAGUGAUACAAGAAGUAUGGAUAGAAGAGCUUCAAACGCAUCAAUUAACCACGUGGGCUCGGGACGCGUCGGGACGCCGGAGGGCUACCGAGAUUCUGAAACUCUCCGGAUGACUGAUCGACUGUCUAAACGUCGUGGCUCAGAAUUCCCUCAACCAGUGAGCACUCCUCCUCAUCAAAUACAAAUGAAGAGAAGACAAUCCUCUGCUCAGAUGAGAACAUAUCAGGAAGAGAGAGAAAGCAAAGCGGAACAAACUCAACGAAGACUAGAGGAUCUGCCCAAACCAGUACCUGAAAAAAUGGAAGAGCCAAAAGAAACAAGAGAUUUCAAACCAGAUCCAGAUAUUAUAAGAAUUUCGAAAAAAUCUGAAUCUCCUGCGAAAAGAAUUCAGGAUCCAGAUACCAUAAGAGUGACUAAAGGUCAAGAAUCGCCUUCGAAAAGGUUGAGGCAAGAGGCAGAGCCUUUGAAGAGGGCCAAGGGUGCCGGAGACUCCCCGAGACUGAGUCAGGUUCAAACAAGACCUGAUCAUCAUAAAAGUAGCCCAAACGUUGCAUCCAGACAUAAAGCUGAAUCUCCCAACAAACGUGAAGAACGUAAGUCCGCGACGUACUCCCGGAGCGAGUCCAAGCGUCAGGAGUCAGUAGAGAGGAAGAUGUAUACUGCGAGCUCUGAGUCAGAACUGUUCGAGUGUGCUAUAUUACCAAUUUUCCAAAAACUCCUGACAGAACGGCACAAGAGCCAGCCCCAUGGUCUCAACCUGAGCUAUGGGGAAAAUAAGCUCUUCCGUGAUGGUUCAUGGAUGGUGGACAUCUCCAUCUGUACAAUGUUAAGUCGGUGCAAGAGCACAAAGAAUACUGGCUUUGGUUCUGAAACCAGGAACAAUCCCAAAUAU